AUGGUGUCGGCGGUGAACUGUGUAUAUUUUUUCCGCCUGUGUCAUCUGUGUAUGGCACAGACUUCAUUCGUUGAUUCCAAAUGUCCAAGUGACCCAUUGCAUGGCUGUUGGGAUGAAGAUACAAGAAAUAACCAAUGUAAAUUGAGAUGUGAUAGUGGGUAUGAACCUUCAGACUGUCAUAUCAUACGAUACUCACAAAAAGAAAGGAAAUGGAACCAUGAAGUCCCUAGUUGUCAAAAAAAGUGGCAUGUUUCGGGAAAGACUAUGGCGGUAGUAGGGACCGGAGUCGCCGCUGCUGUGGUAGCCACGCCUUUGGUUUUAGCUGGGGCUGGAUUUACCUCAGCGGGUUCUUUAGCUGCUAUGUUUCAGGCCCCUUGUACGGCACCGGGUAGCUGGUUCGCUUUGGCACAGAGUGCUUGUGUGGUAGGAACGGCUGUUACCACUAAAGGGGCAGUAGGGGCUGUAGCAGGGGCGAUAACCUAUGCGACGUCCUCUGCGUUCUCCAAUUGUGAAGCAGAAUAGCUGGUUAAACUGUUUGACAAGCAACCUUAAUCA